AUGACCGGCGUUGACAAGCUGCGCGGGGAAGGCUACACCGGAAGUGGUAUUCGCCUGGCGGUGAUUGAUUCGGGCAUUGACUACAAGCAUCCCGCUCUCGGAGGUUGCUUUGGUAAGGGCUGUUUGGUAGAAUAUGGCUGGAAUCUCCUGACAAACACCUCGGAUCCCUGGGAGGGCAAGGCUGGUCACGGAACUCACGUCUCUGGAAUCAUCGCUGCCCAACCCAAUCCCUAUGGAUUCACUGGUGUCGCCCCGAACGUGACCCUCGGUCACUACAAGAUCCUUGGACCGCAACACGUCAAGUAUGAAACUGACAUAGUCACCGCCGCCUUCAAGAUGGCUUAUGAGGACAAGUCUGAUAUCAUCUCUGGAUCUUUCGGCACUUACAAAGGCUGGAGCGACGAGCCUAGUGGAGAAAUUGUCCGGAAGCUAGCCGAUGCUGGUAUUCCCACUUUCAUUUCCGACGGCAAUGAUGGAAGCUUGGGCUUGUUCUUGGCCUCGGACCGCAUUGAUUCCCCGGGCAGCGGAAUUGGAAUCGGAUCUAUCAACAACAAGUACAGCCCUCUGCUUCUUAGCGGAGCGACUUACUCGGCCCAGAACGGCACCAAGCCAUUCGGCUGGCAACUUGCGGGUACCUCUGACUUCAACAAUGGCACUUAUACCCUUUACCCAAGCAGCUUGAACGCAUCUGUUGUUGGUGACUCCUGUGAGCCCUGGACAGGUGACCACCCGGAUCUCUCUGACAAGGUUGUUCUGAUUCGCUACGGUGGCUGCAAGAGCAGUUUGCAGCAGGCUAAUGCUGCCAAAGCUGGCGCCAAGAAUGUUCUGAUCUACCUCAACGAGCCUGGCACCUAUGAGCUGCCUACUGUGGAGCCCACCCUCACUGGCGUGGGUAUGGUCUCUGCUCAGACUGGCGAGAACUGGGUUAAACUUGCGGCCUCGGGUGCCGAAAUCAAACUCAACAUGGUCAGCCAGAAGUUCGCGAAGACUAUCUUCAUCAACGAGACCAACCCUCAGUCUGGUGGCCAAAUCAGUGAAUUCACCCAGUGGGGCCCUAGCAACGAGCUCCUUCCCGUGACCGCUGUAUCUGCACCCGGUGGAUUUAUACUGUCAACUUGGCCUGUUCCUGCGGGUAGCUACGCCAUCGAGAGCGGUACCUCAAUGGCGACUCCUUACGCUGCUGCUUGCGUUGCCCUCUUGAUGGAAGCUCGGGGUAAGGGCAAGCUGACCCCUGCGGAACUCAGGUCAUUGCUUACCACAACUGCCACGCCUAAUGUAUUCCAUGACGGUGUCACCGCAUCGCCGUUCUUGGGAUCUGUGGCGCAACAGGGCGGUGGAUUGAUUGAUGCCUACAAGCUGGUGCAUGCAACCACCAGCUUCAACGUCAGCACCCUUGCCUUCAACGACACCCAGCACAUUGCCCCGGCCUAUAUCCGUAUCAGCAAUAACGCUUCCUCCUCGCGUGACUACACAGUGGGACACGUCGGUGCCGCUACUGUGUACACCCUGUCUGAAAGCAGCUCCGUCCCCGUGUUGAACAAGCUCGGCAACUUUACUGAUCGCACCACCGAAGGAGCGUCGCUUCAGUUCAGCUCAUCCAGCAUUAGCGUACCUGCUGGUGGAUCAGCCGUUAUCAAGGUCACUGCCACUCCGCCCAAGGGUCUUGACUCUCGCCGCAUUCCUGUCUACAGCGGAUACGUCACUUUCAACGGAACCAGCUCAGAUGACUCUUUCUCCGUCCCCUACCUGGGCGUUGCCGCUGCGAUGCGCAAUGUGACUAUCCUGGACACUACGGAGGGCAGCAACAUCCUCACCGAUAGCGUUACCGAGAAGCCCAUCAAGGCCAACGAGCAACUUGUCUUCCCGGGCGAGAACGACCCCGCCGAUCGAGCAAACACCAGCUACCCCAUCUUCCAAACCAAGCUGUCUAUGGGCACGGAUCUGCUCCUCGUCGGUGUCAAGGCCGUCAAUAACAGCACUAUCUUCCCAGUGGUGGACCCUGAAAUUGCGGUCGCCAGGACAACUCAGAUUGGUAUCUCCGGUCCCAAUAAGGUUUCCUUCAUGGGACAGCUGGCCGACGGCUCAUAUGUGCCCGAAGGAAAUUACACCAUGGUUGUGCGUGCGUUGAAGAUCUUCGGUAACCGCAAAAACCCCAGGGAUUAUGAGACUGUGCGAACAGUCAAUUUCGGAUUCACAUAUGCAACCUGA